ACCCACCAAGCUUGGACUCGUGUCAUUCUGCUUUGCUUGCUAUAGCACCAACGUGUCUUUACCACAAGCCAUCUUUCCUCCUGAUUUGCCGCGUCGAUGUAUCUUACCUCUACGUGUCCCUUUGCUUCCUUUACUCCCCCUCUCAGUUCUCUAUAAAUACCCACUCGACUCUUUCGUGUUUUGUAUGUUGCAUGUGCGUUAACGAAAGGUUUCAAGCAAGAGGAGAGUUUAUAGUUUGGUAAUGGCUUCAGCACAAGAACGAUCUGACCUUGAUGCAAGGGCGAAGCAAGGAGAGACGGUUGUUCCAGGUGGAACUGGUGGCAAGAGCCUUGAAGCUCAGGAGCACCUUGCAGAAGGGCGGAGCCGUGGAGGGCAGACGAGAAGAGAUCAGCUAGGAACAGAGGGGUACAAGGAGCUGGGCCACCGUGGAGGUGAGACUAGAAGGGAGCAGAUGGGGACUGAAGGGUACCAGGAGAUGGGCCGCAAAGGUGGGCUUAGCACCAUAGACAAGUCUGGUGGAGAACGUGCUGCUGAGGAAGGGAUCGAAAUUGAUGAGUCCAAGUACAGAACCCGUAGCUAGGUUGUGUUGUGCCAGUGUCUUCUUUAACUAGCAUUUUGACCUUGGUAGCUGUAGAUUCUCCCAGUGUUCUUGUAGUGAUGGCAAUAUGCAUGGGUUGAUUUUGUUACCGGGUUUUCUUUUGAACCAACUCCUCCUACUUGGAGGAGGCAGUCCCAUGCAUAGCCUGUUGGGUUUUCUUUACUUUUUUUUUCUUUUUUUUUUUUGGUUGGAUUGCCUCUAUGUGCAGCUCUUUUGUUGGCUCGUUGACUUCUUUACGUAAUGUAAAUUAAUGUAGCAAGUAAUGACAGUCGCUUCUGUUUAGACCC